UGUCAUUAUAUCACAUCUAAUACUGAAAAAAGUUAGGAAUCUAUCUUUCGCACAUAAAACACAAUCAUGAUUGAGGGGAAUACAAUUGAUUCAUCCAAUGCUAGUGAUGAUGUUAUGGUUGUUUCAGUUCAUACAAAAACAAUCAGCGAUAGCCUUGAACCUCUCAUGAAAAAACUACAAACCCCAACACACUCGAUUUCGAGCAGCAACUCAGAGAUUGACUUGAGUUCAAACUCUGAGAAUCUGGGUAUUUUGCAAGAAGCUGAUAUGCACGACGACUAUUUAACUAAUGCGCAAAUAUCAUGCAGGCUCAAUAUCGACUCAAAAAGAAUAUUCGCAGUGCAAACUCUAGAUACAAAUCUACACCGUGAAAGUACGAGUAAAGUAAAAAGUCAAUGUAUGUGGAGAGAAGUUGCUGUGGAUAUAACUCACUACAAUGAAGACGCACAUAUUGGCUGGCCUGGGGAGCCCGUAGACGCUAACACCAAAACAAGCGCACCAUCAGGAAACUCAACUAUCGCCAGUAAAUUCAAAACCGGUAGGCAGCAGCUAUCAGCAUGGUGUACGAAAACGCUUCCGAAGCGGUUAUCGAGAUCUGAAAGUUCUUGAUUGGAAAAGCCGUAGCCCACUAAUCAAUCACGCGACGUAUUGGAAUGUAUGCUGAAGAAAUAUAAUCGGGCCUGAAAGAUCAUGUUUUAAUAGACUUUUAUCGUGAUAUCUCAUGUGCAUGUGAUUGUAUGGACUAAUGACCGAAACGAAGCCUUAAUAGGAUGACUUGCCUACUGUCAUGCUUAAUAAAUACGGAUAGUUUACCAGUCUACUUACAUAUGUCAUAUAUGUGGUACUA